GCGCUGAGUCGGUUCCGGGUGAAGCUGCUACUCGUGUCGGUUGUACUUACAUGGCCGUGUUGGUUGUAGCAACAGCUGUGUAGUUGCAAACUGUAGCAGUGUAGCUACAAACACGGUUCGGUGUGUUGCUUAUGUUUGCCAGCCUGCGCUUUCGACAGAAAAGCCAUGGCGAUAUGCUCCGCGUCUGCGCCCUCGCCUUUCUCCUCCUCGCCAGGCAACCGCUAUGCACGGCCAAGCGCCCCCACUUCCCUGGUCCCAGCGCCGCCCCGGCCUCUUGCAGCCCUCCCACUUAGUGGUCGAGGUCUCCAAGGCGGCAAGCUGCGACGUCCCGGGCAACAGCCUCAAGUUCUUCAACAUUCAGACUGGCAUGGUCAGCAAGGUGGACUUCUCUAUCAGCGCCGACUUCAACGUCACCCGCCCUAGCCGGUAUAUCGACUCGAUCCUGUUCCAGCUCACCAAGUGCCGGGAGAGCGUCUCGUCCAACACGUGCGAGCUCUUCCAGACCUGGCGCUUCGAAAACAACCCGUGCAAGGGAUUUAACGACCCCACCGCACUCUGGGCCUUUACCCUGAAUAUGAUAAAACCUCGCCCAAACUGCCCCUUUAAGGAGGGCACCUACCGUAUGCGAAAUGUAACCAUCGACACAUCGGUGGUAGAUAAGUUGCCGCUCCCCUGGGAGGGCAACGUCUGGCUGGUGCGCAUGGGCUUCAUGGAGACCAAGACCCGCUUCCACAUGUGCACGGACACGGAGAUGCACGUGCACAGAGUGCGCGACAGCUAAGUGGGGACGCAGGCAAUAAAAACAAAUUUCAUCGCCAA